AUGUUGAAGGCGUACCCUCUAUUAUGUGACUCGGCACGAGAGGUCACGGUUAUCUUUCAUCCCGAGCCAGGUCACGUUAAUGGCCCGUUGAUCGUGACAGGGGACAAUGCCCCUCCACUGAUAAAGCAACCAAAGCUACUCAUUCUUAUUGGACUAAUCGUUUGCAUUGUGGGGCCUGCGUUCGCCUUGGCCAAGCUUGCCAGCUGGGUUCACAGAUCCGCUCCUUUUCAAAAGAGGCAUGUUGAUCUUCGUGAUCUCGUGAACACAAUUACUUUUGGUUUCAGGAGCCGCAAAUCCUUGAAAAUUGUUCUCUAUUUGGAGGACUUGUGUCUUCAAGAUCUCAAGAUUAUCCUAGACUUGUUCGAAGCGCCGUUUGGUUCCAUCUCACUGGAAGAACGAUGGAUACAGCGGCAACAUCCGCUUUUUGGACACCGUGUGAUGGAACAGUAUGAGAUUGAUUAUAAGAAAACUGUCGACGCUGCCACUCAAGAAUCCGGGCACAUGCUACUUUCUACUAUCUGUCCAAGCUUGGAAGAAUAUGAGGUGUAUGAGACUGAAUUUGUGGACAAAAGGGGGUGCGAGAUGAUCGGGAAAAGACGAAGAGUUUGGCUAGAUUGA